AUGCCAAUUGCACCAUCCAGAAGUGGUCCACCUGGAAGGGUGAUAGAGUAUUCUGACAAGAACAAGUGGAUCACCACAAGGUAACAUAGCUGUGCUUUUGUAAAUACUCCAUCAGCCUGUAUUAACAAAAUUAUGCAUCAAAUUCAAGAGUUAGAAUUAAAGGAGGAAAAAUGCUUUCAGCAGGUACAUUUAUGGAUAACAAAACAGUUCAGUGCUGACUCUGUUGAAGAUAUCUGGUCAUCAUUAUCCACUAAGUUGGAUUUUAAAGAAGCUGAUGUAACUUAUGAAGUUGUGCUUGCCUCGAUAGAGAUGGCAAAGACGUUAACUUGGAAGCAGGAAACAGAAACUUUGCUGUUGGAAGUUACUGAGCUAAUUAAGCAGCUGGAGGCUGAUCUUGAGGAGGGAGAAAAAGCUUUGGAGUUGAUGAAAUAGUGAAGGAAAAAACUCGGCAUGAAAAUUGAUUGUAUGUCACUUUGGAGGCUUCAGCAACUCCUCGCAGAUGUGCAAAAAGUUUUUGUGCUAAUUACCUUUUUAAUGGAAUAUGAAACGUGUGUUCAAGAUAUCUUGGAGCUACGAUGGCAUUUUCAUAGUAAAAGCUGUCAGCUGCCACAGGUACAAAACCAAAUACAAGAAACAGCCAACUGAGAGAUUCGGGAGGAUAUAGACUCCAUGAAGAAACACAGCCCUCUGCUGGAAGAAAAGCUGAAUCUAGAGGGCGAAACUGUGAAGGAUAUGUUACUGGUGUAUGAAAAGGCAUCAAAAAUAUGCGGUGAUGUUCAUUGGGAACUUAUGGAAAUACAAAAGGCAAUGAAAAGAAUUGACUCUUGGAUUAUCAAGAAUGAGUUAAAGCAUUCUGAAUUUAUUUGGACCAAAUACUGUAUGAAGUUAAAAGAAACAGAGGCGAAGAUUAUAAAGGAUGAAAAACACCUUGAGGAAUUAGUGAAGCAAAAAGCAGAAAUCCAGGAAGAUGCAAAAUGUUGGAACAGCAAAAUAGAAUGUGUGGAUAAUAAAAUAGCAGCCCAAGGAGAUGAGAGUGUAAAAAUAUCGGAUGCUAUUUCUGAAAUUAUAAAAACUGUGGAAGAAUUAAAAUCCACCAAGGAAAGGGAUCUACUGAAUACAAAGCAAAAGAUUCUGAAUAAUAAUGAAGCACUGGAGAGUUUGAAAUGUAAACAUUAAGAACUUGAGGGAGAAAUUGAAGAGCUUUUGAAAAAAAUCAGAAAUAGGAAUUCAAGAAAUGCAUGUGAAAGUUCAGAUUCAAGACACAGAGAAUGGUUACGACGAGUUCCUGGUAUGUGGCAUCUGGGAGAUGUUUAUGACCUCCUUAUACAGAAACCUCCCUCUCCAAGUGCUGAUGGCAUAUACACUUCCAAAGUGCAGAAAGAAAAUAAAGAAGAAUGGGGAGCAAAAAGAUCUCCUAUGUGGAUCAGAUUAGAUAAAGAGCAGAAGCAAACUGAACAACAAGUUGGAAAAAAAAAAAGAGCAUUUGGAAAUCUAGUCUUGACUAAUUCACAUGCUUUUUUAAUUCCUAGUUAAAUUGUUAAAAACUAUCACACUAUGGAAAACCUAAAAAAUGAAUUUGGAUAAUUAAAUGAGUUCUGGAACAUGAAGCAAAUACAAAUAGAAAAUACAGAAAAAUGUUUUGCUGAUUUGCAAAAAAUUUUAAGUGGUGUGAUGUUUAAGCAACAAAAUGUUCAGAUGGCAUUUAAUAAUCUCCAAGAAGUAGCAGAAUAUGAGAAAAGGUUAAAGCAGUAAGAAAAAACAUAUGGAGAAUUUCUGCCCAAGGUAACUGUAAAAGUGAUUACUGUGGUUUUUGAAGAUUGGGCUUCUCUGGAUCGAAUCAUUAAAGAAAAUCUGUGGUUAGUUCAGGAAUAUAAAAUCUUUCAUGACUACUACUUAAACAGUAAAAAUCUAACAGAACGCUACAACAAUAUUAUCAGGUUUCAAGCUGCUGCUAGAGACCAUCAACAGCCCCCCCAUCGCUGUUACCAUGGCCAUUGGUGUUGGCGUUGCCGCUUUUGGCAUUGGCGUGGCUGUUGGUGUUGCUGUCCCAGCUGCAGGCGCUACAGAGGCGGUGGAGCAGGGACUCACUUGGCGGUGUGGUGGAGCCGGAGCGGCCUCUCCAGCCACGCUGGGCUGGCGAGGAUCCAGGCAGCCUCUCAGGAGAACGCUCAGAAAAUAUUAGCUGUGCAGGGGGAGUUGUCAAAAGCAAUACAGCACAUCACCGCUUUCUUGCACUCCUUGACAGAUGGCUUGCCGACUACAGACAACAAUGCAAACAACCAGUGUAUCUUGGAUGCUGAAAUAAAAGACAAGAAAAGUCACACAGUUCAGAUAACAGUGUAAUUGGACAUUCACCUGUUUGCCAUUUCACACUUCCAUGGACGAAAAACUCACUCACCUCCCAGCAUGCCUUGCCAUUCUUUUACUUACAGCAAAUCCAUAACAAUGAAACAGGUGACUUUCAUGCUGCUGUCAGGAACGAUCUAAUUUCAGCUCUGGGUGACUGAUUGCAAUUGGCUUUGCCUCAUCUGAUAAUUAAUCUAUGUCACCAUUAAUUGGAAGAGAGAAUAAUUACUGGUGGUGUUGACAGUGACUGUACGCUUCCCCAGAUUUCCCCACUGUGUUGGCCCAAAUAAAGGCUUUGCAAUUCAGUACUUAAAGUUUAUGUAAACUGGAACAAUACCUAUGCCCAUGUGACACUUGCAGACACCCUGUCUAAUGUACUUUUGUUUUUGUGUUUACCAGUCUUUUUUAGCUCUCUGAGAGCUGUCUCCCUCAAUCACUCCUCAAUGUUCUAUCUUAAUUUUGUGGAAGUUUAAAGUUUUCAAUGAGCUGGAGAUGAAUGAUUAAUGAAUAAAUUUAAAUGCUUCAUUUUGUC